CCACAGAAACCCCGCGCUCCCUCCCGUCCCGUGAUCCUCAUCCCCCGCGGCUAGCCUCCCUCCCCUCUCCUAGAUAACACUCCCACCAUGCACCGGGGGGCGAGGCGACGAGGAAGACAGAGUUAGGCGGAGGUUCGGCAGCACGGAGGAGCAGUGAUGUCGGACGAGGGGGAGGACGCGCCCGUGGCGGCCGUGGCGGCGGGCUUCGGGCUGCCGGAGGAGCUGGCGGCCGUGCUGCCGGCGGACCCGUUCGAGCAGCUGGACGUGGCGCGCAAGAUCACCUCCAUCGCGCUCGCGUCCCGCGUCGGCCGCCUCGAGGCGGAGGCCGCGGGGCUCCGCGCGCAGCUCGCCCGGCGCGACGACGCCGCCGAGGACCUCCGCGAGCGCGUCGAGCAGCUCGAAUCCGCGCUCGCGCUCGCCACCGACCGCCUCAGCCGCGCCGAGGACGACAAGGAGACGCUGCUGAAAGAGAAGGCGACGCUGUCAAACACCGUCAACAAGCUCAACAGAGAUGUCGCCAAGUUGGAAGUUUUCAAGAAGACGCUUAUGCAGUCACUUCAGGAAGAUGAUGACAAACCAAACAUUCCCAAGGCUAAGCUCACCGAAACAUCGAAUUUCUCCCCCGCGCCAUCUGUCGGAGAUGACGAUUCAGCAUUUACAACUUCUAAAUCAUCACAGUUGUUUGAAACUGCAAGUUCUGCUUCAGAGGAAAGUAGCCAUGCUGAGCCAGAUGAACCUAGGCCACCCCGCUCGCAUGUAUAUAUGCCAUCGUACAACAGUACACCAAAGCUUACUCCUCCAGGCUCACCUCCAAGGGGUUAUGCACCACUUUCACCACCAAGGAGACAUUCAAUCUCGAUUGCGUCAAUGAACAGGCUCGAUGACAGGUCUUCGGUCUUUUCCAGUAGCCAUAGUGCAAUGACAUCUCCAUUUGACACACCAAGUCCAACAGGACGAACACGAGUUGAUGGGAAAGAGUUCUUUCGCCAAGUCAGAAACCGCUUGUCUUAUGAGCAGUUCAGCGCAUUCCUAGCCAAUGUGAAGGAACUGAAUGCACACAAGCAGACCAGAGAGGAUACACUAAGAAAAGCUGAUGCGAUAUUUGGACCUGAAAACAGUGACUUGUACACCAUCUUUGAGAGUCUAAUUACUCGCACUCAUCAUUAGAGUUCUACAAUCUGAAUCUUUUCCCAUGGUUAACUGUGAGCCAGGUUUUACUGGCAUUUGUGAUUAAUAUAUUUGUUAUUUAUUGUAUUUAAUAUCUGUAGAAGUCACCUGCUAUCAUUGCAGAUUUCGGAUAUAUAGUUUUUAAAAAUUCUUGUUGCAGUCAAUGUAAAGUCAUGGAUUGUCUGUAAGCUAGAACCUUUACAUAUUAAUACAAAUGCAGAAGUUUGCAAUUUAGAGGCAA